AUGCAUCCCCUGUCGACGCAACGCCUGGCGCCCGUCCCCAGCGCCAACGCCAACCACCCGCGCGCGCUUCUCCCGCCGUCUCCUCUGCUGCUUCGGCCACGGACCAGCACCACCAAGUCGUCGGCGUCCGCCAGAUCGGCGCCGCGCGCCGUGUCGCCCGCGACCCCAACCACCGCAGCCACCAACGACCCGGACGCCGGCGCGCAGCCAGAUAAGUGGGCGGAGUUCGCGGCGCGGGUGUCCGGCGAGUGGGACGGCUUCGGCGCGGACUUCACGGUGGCCGGCGACCCGGUGGAGCUGCCGGCGAACGUGGUCCCGGACGCGUACCGCGAGUGGGGGGUCCAGGUCUUCGACUGGCAGACGCAGUGCCCCACCCUGGCCGACCCCGCCGCGCCGGGCGCGCUCCACUACCGCCUCGUCCGCCUCCUCCCCACCGUCGGCUGCGAGGCCGACGCCGCCACCGUACACACCUCCCACCAGCGCCACGUCUCCUCCGCCACCGCCUUCGCCUACGGCGCCGCCGGGGGCUCCUACGUGGCCACGUGGCCCAAGGGCCCGGCGACCGUGCUCGAGGUGGAGCACUGCAUCUGCCACCCGGACAACGCGGAGGUGCGGGUCAGGCUGGUGCAGACGGUGGCGCUGGCCAAGGACGCGGCACGGCUGCGCGGCGUCAAGGUGUUCUCCGAGCAGUGGUACGGCCCGUACCGCAACGGCGACCAGCUCGGCGGGUGCGCGCUCCGCGAAUCCGCCUUCGCCGCCGGGGAGAGGCUCGCCGCGUCGGAGGUGGCGGGACAGUGGGAGACCACCGCCAGGUCCUCCGGCGCGCUGGACCCCGUGACGGGCAAGUUCGCGGGGCUGGAGCCGGACCACGAACCGCGGAGGACGGCGAGGGACGGUGCCGGCGUGGUGACGCUGCUGCCGAAGCGGCUGUGGAGCUCGCUCAAGGUGAGCGGCGACGGCGAGGACGGCGACGUGGUGUGCGAGGUCGGGUGGCUGCUGGGCCACGGCAGCGCGGUCACCUCGACGUGCGUCCUGUCCAGAGACGGAGACGUCAAGGAGAUAGCUGCCGCGCAGGAGACCCGGGCGUCGGAGGCCGCCUGA